AUGAACCCUGAUAAAGUGAGGCUUGGCAUCCUCGUCGGCGGUGGGCCUGCGCCCGGCAUCAACAGCGCUAUCAGCGCCUGCACGCGGGAAGCGAUCAACAAUGGCGCAGAGGUGUAUGGCAUCCUGGACGGCUUCAGCCAUCUAAUGGACGGCAGCACCGAGCAUGUCAUUCCUUUGACAACGCCUGAUGUGGCGUUCAUCCACUCCGAAGGCGGGGCAAUCAUCCGCACAUCCCGCGCCAAUCCGACGCGCAAUUCCACUCACAUGCGAAACGUAGUGGACGCGCUGCAAAAGCUCGGCAUCACGCGCCUCGCCUCCAUCGGAGGAGAGGAUACGGCAUUGUCGGCGGCAGAAGUUGCGAAAGCGUCCGGCGGCAAGCUCCGCGUGGCGCAUAUUCCAAAGACAAUCGACAAUGACCUGCCGCUGCCGGGCGACAUUCCUACCUUUGGAUUCGAGACGGCUCGACAUCUUGGAACGCAGUUAGUGCAGAACCUGAUGCGGGAUAGCCGCACCACAGGCCGCUGGUAUGUCGUCGUCGUUAUGGGCAGAAAGGCAGGCCACCUCGCGCUUGGAAUGGGCAGCUCCGCCGGCACCGCUCUGACUGUCAUACCUGAAGAGUUCCCCAAUCCUGUUAUCGGAAUUGAAGAUGUGGUCAAGCUGAUAGAGGGAGCAAUGCUAAAGCGCAAGGCGUCCGAAGGGCGAGACGACGGCAUCGCCGUUAUCUCAGAGGGCGUCGCCGAACGCUUUUCAUUGGACGAGCUUGGCAACCUGUCCGGCAUCGUCGUCCCACGCGACCCGCACGGUCAUAUCCGCCUCGGCGAGCUGCCGCUGGCGCCCAUGAUACGCCGCGCGGUGCAGAACCGCUUCGCCGAAGCCGGCAAGAACAUCGGCAUGGUGGAUGUGACCAUCGGCUACGAGCUGCGUUGCGCCUCGCCCAUAUCCUUCGACAUCGACUACACCCGCAGCCUUGGCUAUGGCGCAGCGCGCAUGCUGCUCAACGAACCGUCAGACGACAGGUUCGCCAAUGGCGGGCUGAUCUACCUCGACGGUGAGAACCUAAACACACUGACCUUCGAUGAAAUGCGCGAUCCCGAAACCGGCAGGACGCGGGUGCGCAUGGUGGAUAUCGAGUCUGAGCGAUACAAAGUCGCCCGAGAGUACAUGAUGUGCGUCCAACCACGGGACCUGGAGGAUGAUACGCUCGUAGAGAAAAUGGCAGAAUACAGCAACCGCAGCACGGAUGAGAUCAGAGAGCGGUUCGGUGUCAACAGUGCAUAA